CUGGGAACGUUGCUAUGUUUUGAACGUUAAACAAAAGCAAAAAAAAAAAAAAAAAACACCCCAUAAAUGAAACGAAUUUGACUUUUACUACCUAGUUUUUAGUAUUGCUGUAUAGAAAUUUAUAUUUUUUAACUUUUUUGUUUUCUAUUUUAAUCAUGAAAUUUGUACUUAUAAUGUUAAUAUUCGUGUCGCUACAGCGUGAAUGUUUCUUGGUAUUAGACAUAGUGUAUUCCCGAGUUAACAAGCCGUGGAACAGCGAUGAUUACUUAGAGACAAUGUUUGGAUAUCGAAACCCCCCCAGAUUAAACUAUAUGACAAAUUCACUAUCAAGAAGUACUAAUUUCAAGCCGGAUAAGGUAAAUAAUUAUUCUAUGUUUUUUUUUUAAGAUUCUAAUGCGAUAGUGUAGUUUAAUAUUAAGAGAAUUGAAUAUCGAUAUGUUUUCUCUAAUACAUAUUACAUAUACAGCAAUUUAAACCAAUGUGCUUUCAAUAGAAAACUGAUUUUAAUUUAGAAUGGAGUAUAUAAAAUGAGAUCGAUUUAAUAAAUUUACAUUUUUUUUUGUACAUUUACAUUUUUAAAUAUUCUUUUUGGAAAUUCAGUACUGAAAUUCAAAAAAGUGGUCUGACCGAUUCAUGUAUACUUGAAAACCUGAAUUAAAAUCUAUGUUCAAAAUUCUUAUCGUUUUGCUAUAUUAAUCACACAAAUUGAAGAAAAAUUAGUCCAAAUUGUUACACUGUGUUGAACAACGAAAUAAAAUACCGAUAUCCAAUUCCUCUUAGUUAAAACCUGAUAAAUUCCAAGUCAUCUAUUAUGGUUAUGAUAAAUAAUGUAUUACAGACGAUGGGGUUAUUUGAUUUACCAAGCUCCAACCUGUUCAAUCGUAUGACCAUGAGUUCAAUGUCAAAUACUGGUAGUUUACUUCCAGAAAGGGUAAAUAAUUUUAUUCAGGGAGUCCUACAAAGAUAUAUUCAUCAGUAUUAACUUUUUUCGAAAUUUUUUUUUAACAAUUUAAAAAACAAACAGUCCUAAAAUAUUACUACCAUUAGUUUUUAUCAACCUUAAUUUUGGGAGUGAAACAACUUUCACGACAUUAAAUUUUGGGUUGGGGAAGUAAUGAAGCACUAUUCAAACGCCACACAUCAUGCCGUGCAACAAACGAUGCUCCAGAGAAGAAUCCUCAUUGUUCUCUAUUUCUACAAUUUUUAAUAUAGGUUACCAUUUGAAAAUCAAAAGUAAGGAGUCCCUUACUUUCCCCUACCAGUCGCCUGCAAGAAAGUUUCCCUCCAAAAAUAAGGAUAAUUCUAAAAAUAACGUUAAUGUAACAUUUCAGAGAUGAUUGUUUCUAACAAAUUGUCAAAAAAAAAAAAUCAUAAAAUAUCACAAUGGGUAUAUCUUUGUGAGACACUAUAUAUUUUAAUUAUUCCAAAUAAGAAACUGAUAAUAUAAUUAUUAUAAAUCUGAAACUUGACAUAGGUACAUAUAACAUAUUCCCCAAUAUUUAAAUCACAUAAUAACAUGACGAUAAUUAAUUUAUUACAGUCAAUGUUUGGAUUUAAAAGUCCUGAGCUCAAUCAAAAUAAUAUAAAUCCAAAAUCAAGAAAGAAACAGAAUUCAUCGCAAGAUAUGGUAGAUAUUAUAAUAAUUCAAUUUUUUACUGUUAUAUCUAUGUGGAUAUACAAUAUUUUAUCUGAAGGGUUCCAACAUCAAAUGUCAACUAUUACCCUUUAAUCUCCAAUUGACCAAUUCUAAAGUAUCCGUCGAACCUGUUAUCUGGGAUCUGUAUAAAAUAAGUAAUUCAAAUCAAUUGGAAAGCGUAUAACGAAAAUCGUUCAGAUUACUGGGUUCAUUCUGUACAUAAUUUUACCUAUGUAGUUGAAGGUCGGCUAAGUCUUUCUUCGCAGUCAGACCGUAAGCAUAAGGCCAACCAGAAAUGUGUUAACAGUGUGCUAUCUGUUAUGAUUGAUUCUAAAUCUACCUUGUCUUUGUUUAAUUUAAAAGUUUCUUCUCGAUUUACCCGAUCAUAUGUUCCACUUUUUUUUUCCAAUAUGCUACCCAACUAUUUUCAAACGAGCCAGUUCGUUGGUUAAUGCAGUCAGCAAAUAAAAACCUCUCAUUUCUAACGAUUAUUUAAAUAUGUGUGCAUGAAUAUUAAACUAAAAUUAACUUGUUUCUUGUGCAUAGUGCUUGUCCGUAAAUAAAUAUUAAUAAUAAUAAUUUUCGACAUUUUUAAGACGUAUACAAAUAUGUUACGAUUGUUACAAAAUCCCGAGCCUAACUAUUUGACUGGAAAUUCAAUAUCGAGUACUAGUCGUUUAUUACCGACAUCAAAGGUAAAUAACAGCCUUGAUUAUUAUUUACUUAUUUUGAAAGAAUAUUCUUCUCAUUGAAUAUUGUAAUAUAUUAUUUGUUCAAGACAACGACGACUGUUAUACGCCACAAUUUUCAAAUGGACAAUAACAUGAUGUCGUUAACGAAACCGUCAGGAACAAAAAUUAUCAUCAAAAAAGAAAUUGAACCCGUCGCCGCUACUCAACGAAAAAAACCGAUAACUAACCCUAACGGCAAUGUCUACAAAGGAAAAGUCGUGAAAAGAUCACAAAUCAAUUUGAGAUCAGCAUCCGUAUAAUCGAGUCGAUAAGUCGAACUGUGCAAUGUGUUAUAAUAAUUUGGCUGUAUUAUUUUAUUAUUUCGUUCUCAACCACCCCUCCCCUCCAUUUAAAUUAUCAUUAUACAGAACUCAAUAAUUGCCUAUUAUAGAUACCUACCUAAUGAACCGGUACGGUUCUAACACAAGGAAUAACUUUAGUUCACUAGUUAAAUUGAAACACAUUACAAUAAUAAUUAUGAUUUAAUUUAACAAAACAGAGUUUAGUUUAGAUUAUUAUCUUGGAAAAAAAAAAUAAAUGUACUAUUUUUUUUUUUUUUUUGAUAUUACUUAUACAUUUUAAUUAUAAUAUCACGAUUUAUAGAUAACUAUAAUGAUAAAGAUAACCAUAAAUUAAUAAUAUACAUUUAAUAUUUUAUAACACAAAAUACAUAGGUACAAUAUAUGAUCAAAAUCGGAUAUUAUAAUGCAUAGGUAUACCUACGAUCACUUGCACAAGACAAACAUAUAAUAUUAUUGUUUGAACAUUUGAAAUUGAUGAUAAAUUUAUUGAAUAUUGUGAUCGAAGUUGACGUUUAUGACAUUAAGAUUAUUAAAAAUAAACUGUAUACAAAUGUUAUACUAGGACACCAAAGCGGCUACUACACCGACCCUCUCAACUAUCGGUACCAAUUAUAUCUGACAUUAUACUAAAACAACCAAAAAGUAAAACGGAUUUUAAUUUAACCAGUUCUCAGCCGAAAAACAAAAUCUUAUACCGGAAUCACGUUAACAUACAACUUUUCUAAACUCCCGGUACCAAUAUUCGACAUUAUCUGUAUUGGAAAAAUCAUAAAAUAAAAUGGAUAAUCUUUCUUUGUUUGUAG